UUUGUUCUCUCUUGCCAAUAAAUCCGAUUUGUAACUAAACAGACAAUAAACUCUAAACAGACGAGUGAGCCUUUUUCUGUUCUAGUCAGAUCCUUGGACCUGUUCUCUUGUAACAAUUGGCCUAGUCUGACAACUAGCAUAGAAAAUGUAUGGUAAAAAGAACAGCACUGGUGCAGGCCAAGCGCCCCCGCAACAAGCUGCUGCCCUCGGUGCAGGGGAGCCCGCAGCAGGACGUGCUGCAGGCGCGACCAGGAACCUCGAGUCUUCAAGCUCCUCCAAUGCUUUUAACGGAUCACAAGGGAGAGGUUUAUUGUAAAUUUCACCCAAAUGGAUCAACACUGGCAUCUACGGGAUUUGAUCGACUCGCAUUGUUUUGGAAUGUAUAUGGCGACUGCGAUAAUUAUGCUACAUUGAAAGGUCACAGUGGAGCAGUGAUGGAAUUUCAUUAUAACACAGAUGGCAGCAUGGUUUUUCCAGCAUCAACAGAUAAAACAGCAGUGUGGGACAGUGAAACGGAUGAAUCAAGAGACUUAAAGGUCACACAUCCUUUUGUGAAUUCAUGGUAUGCAGCCCGACGGGGCCCACAGUUGGUCUGUACAGGAAGCGACGACGAAACAGUGAAGCUAUGGGGCAUUCGGAAGAAGGCUGCAACCCAUACAUUUCGAAACACGUACCAAGUACUGGCAGCAGUGUUUAAUGAUGCAAGCUAUCAGAUUUUCUCUGGUGGUAUUGAUAACGACAUUAAGGUUUGGCAAAACAAGUUAAUUUACACCAUGCUUGGUCAUACAGACUGGGUGACUGGGUUUGACCCUGCGUGGGGUAAAAGAUGCCGCCAUCACAGAUCUAUCAGUGGAUAAAGUGGCCAUUUGCACCGAAGCCCUACAGAACCGUAUGGCCCUGGAUUUCAUCCUGGCUGAGAAAUGGAGCACUUGUGCUAUGAUCGGGUGGGUGUGCUGUACUUGUAUUCCCAGUGAUUCGGAGAACAUCACUAACCUCGCUGACUACAUCCAGAAAGACGUGGGGAAGAUUCAAAAGGGUAGGAGGACAAUACCACGACUACAAUCCCUUUUGGAAUGUUUGGAGGCUGGUGGGCAACAGUCGUGCACUGAGGACUGACCAUUGGGACAAUCUUAUUGGCCAUAAUAUUACUGUGUGGUGUGUGCGUAUUGGCAUAAUGACUGUCGACUUUACUAACGCCUGCGGGCUGGAUGUGAUGGUAACCUGACUGUUUGAGGAGUGGAAUGUAACAUGAGAAUUUUGUCCGAGCAGUCCAUGAGCCAUAGCGCUGUGUUUAAAGCCCAUAGCGCUGUGGCCGGCAGCGCUUUGUUUAAAGGUCCACACGCUAAGUUCUGUUUAAGCCUUUGCUCGCCAAUUCGGCAGCGCUGUGUAUAUUACCUUACGCGCCAAGUCUACGGCCAGUAGCAUUGUGUGUGUAUUGCUUUACGCGCCAGUCUGCGGCUGAUGGGGAGGGGGCUCGCUCGGAUGCAGGCCUCUGCCAUUGGUUGCAGUUUAAAUUUGGGAGCUGCGCUAUUGGCCAGGACUUAACAGCGGUUAAUUCAACAGCUGAUUUCUGCCUGUAUAAAGCAGUAAGCCACAAGUUAGUUCAUGUACGAGAGGGGUUCGAUAGUUGAGUCGCGAUCAGUGUCGCGGACCAAGGCAGAGAGAGAGGGAGUGUGCUGCUAUAAUGCGGACCCCGUCCAUAGCAAGUAUUGUUUUUGUUCUCUCUCCUGCCAAUAAAUAUGAAUUGUAACUAAACAGACAGUUCUACUAGACAGAUCCUUGGACCUGUUUUCUUGUAACAGCAU